AGAUGGAUAGUAGCAUCCACCUCAGUAGUUUAAUAAGUCGGCACGAUGAUGAAGCCACAAGAACGUCUACCUCAGAAGGACUGGAGGAGGGGGAGGUGGAGGGGGAGACUCUCCUGAUUGUUGAGUCGGAGGACCAGGCGUCGGUGGACUUAUCUCAUGAUCAGAGUGGGGAUUCCCUCAACAGUGAUGAAGGAGACAUGUCGUGGAUGGAGGAGCAGCUGUCCUACUUCUGUGACAAGUGCCAAAAAUGGAUACCAGCCAGUCAGCUGAGGGAACAGCUCAGUUACCUUAAGGGUGACAAUUUUUUUAGGUUUACGUGUUCUGAUUGCUCAGAAGAUGGCAAGGAGCAGUAUGAAAGGCUGAAGCUGACAUGGCAGCAAGUUGUCAUGUUGGCAAUGUACAACUUGUCUCUGGAAGGAAGUGGACGUCAAGGUUAUUUCAGGUGGAAAGAAGAUAUCUGUGCAUUUAUUGAGAAACAUUGGACUUUCUUACUAGGGAAUAGGAAAAAGACUUCAACCUGGUGGAGCACAGUGGCAGGUUGCCUCAGCGUGGGAAGUCCUAUGUACUUCCGUUCAGGUGCUCAGGAAUUUGGAGAACCAGGAUGGUGGAAGCUCGUUCACAACAAGCCCCCGACAAUGAAGCCUGAAGGAGAGAAGUUGUCUGCCUCUGCUUUGAAAGUGAAAGCCUCAAAACCAACUUUAGAUCCCAUCAUUACUGUUGAGGGCCUUAGAAAACGGGCGAGCCGGAAUCCUGUGGAAUCUGCCAUGGAGUUAAAAGAGAAAAGGUCUCGAACUCAGGAAGCGAAAGACAUUAGAAGAGCCCAGAAGGAAGCAGCUGGCUUUCUUGACAGGAGCACUUCUUCUACCCCUGUGAAGUUCAUAAGCCGAGGCCGCAGGCCGGAAGUGAUUCUAGAAAAAGGAGAAGUGAUUGACUUUUCAUCCUUGAGCUCCUCUGACCGCACCCCGCUGACAAGCCCGUCUCCUUCUCCAUCUCUGGAUUUCUCUGCCCCCGGGACCCCCGCCUCCCACUCAGCCACACCUAGCUUGCUUUCAGAAGCAGAUCUGAUUCCAGAUGUGAUGCCCCCACAAGCCUUGUUUCAUGAUGAUGAUGAGAUGGAAGGUGAUGGAGUCAUAGACCCAGGGAUGGAGUAUGUUCCGCCCCCUGCUGGGUCAGCCGCUUCUGGGACAGUGGUCGGUGGCAGGAAGAAAGUCCGAGCACCAGAGCAGAUAAAGCAGGAGGUAGAGAGUGAGGAGGAAAAACCUGACAGGAUGGACAUUGACAGUGAAGACACAGAUUCCAACACAUCUUUGCAGACGAGGGCUCGAGAAAAGAGGAAGCCCCAGCUGGAGAAGGACAGGAAACCUAAAGGGCCCAAGUACACCCCUGUGAGCAUCUACGAGGAGAAGCUGCUCCUGAAGAGGCUGGAAGCUUGUCCCAGUGCUGUUGCCAUGACACCAGAAGCCCGGAGACUGAAGCGGAAACUGAUUGUCAGACAAGCGAAAAGGGAUAGGGGAUUACCACUUUUUGACUUGGAUCAAGUUGUUAAUGCUGCUCUUCUGUUAGUUGAUGGGAUUUAUGGAGCCAAAGAAGGAGUUUCCCGGCUUCCAGCUGGCCAAGCCACCUACAGAACCACCUGUCAGGACUUUAGAAUCCUUGACCGAUACCAGACGGCCUUGCCAUCCAGGAAAGGAUUUCGGCACCAGACCACUAAGUUUUUGUAUCGUCUGGUUGGAUCGGAAGACAUGGCUGUGGACCAGAGUAUUGUCAGCCCUUACACUUCUCGGAUCUUGAAACCUUACAUCAGGCGUGAUUAUGAAACAAAGCCACCCAAACUGCAGCUCCUGUCACAGAUUCGUUCCUACCUGCAUAGGAGUGACCCUCACUGGACGCCGGAGCCCGACGCCCCUCUCGAUUACUGCUACGUGCGGCCCAACCACAUCCCAACAAUAAACUCGACGUGUCAGGAGUUUUUCUGGCCCGGCAUUGACCUGUCUGAGUGCCUGCAGUAUCCAGACUUCAGUGUUGUCGUCCUUUAUAAAAAAGUCAUCAUUGCCUUUGGCUUCAUGGUUCCCGAUGUGAAGUACAAUGAAGCUUACAUUUCAUUUCUCUUUGUCCAUCCUGAAUGGAGAAGAGCAGGGAUUGCAACUUUCAUGAUUUACCAUCUGAUUCAGACCUGCAUGGGCAAGGAUGUAACCCUUCACGUCUCAGCAAGCAACCCCGCCAUGCUGCUGUACCAGAAGUUUGGAUUCAAGACUGAAGAAUAUGUUUUAGAUUUUUAUGAUAAAUACUACCCCUUGGAGAGCACAGAGUGUAAACACGCAUUCUUUCUGAGGCUCCGACGCUGAGGGGGAGGCAAUUCCUCACAGAGACGCCUAUGCUGUAGAGAACGGGUCUUCAGAAGGCCUGAAGGCAGGCAGUCAUCGCACCGUGGGUUCUGAUCUCUGCGAUCAGAUGUUCAUUCAAGCCUCUCAGCUGAAAUGAGAACAACGGGGGGCAGUGGAAUGAGUAGUGAGCAACCUGUCAGCAAAAUCAUGGUCCAGUCCUUUUUGGAGGGGCCUUCGGCCCACCUCUUGGACUCCACCGUUAACUCAACUGAAAGAUGCUGCUGUCCUCCUUCCACAUGGUAGUUUGUGAGAGCAAAGAAAUAUCUAAAUGGAUGUUCUUGGUGAGAGAGAAUCUGUUCUAAUUGAAAAGAUGAGGGAAUGUGGUGGCUAUUAAAGAUUCAUGCAGUGCCAGAGAGGCACCCUCCUGUCCUGGGAAGAUGAGAGUGUAAUCAGAUGCCAACCCUUUUCCCAGCCUUGCUGUGUUGUCACUGAAUCCAGGAGGACCUCUAGGUUCUAUUGUCUCGUGUUGGUGUUGAUCACAGUCAAAAUAAAGUCAGUGUUCGUGUCUGCA